UGUGUUAUUUAGCUUAGAAGCCAGGGACUAUUUUUGUUAGUUGGUUAGUUGAAGGACUUGGGACUAGUGUUUUAGUUGUCCACUGUUAAGAAGCUUACACAAGGUGGAAUUGUUUGUUACCAACUGAUUAAAGAAAGCAUAAAAAAGAAGAAAACCAUGAGACUCGCAACAGCAGUGGAUACAAUAAAAGAAGCUUCUUUGUCGGUAAACAACUUGUUGAAGAUAUGUAACCAAUGUAAUCGGCUUUGUAUGGAGGGACUUGGAAAAAACAUUCGUCGAGCACUAGGAGAUGGACCAAGUUGCUUCAUUCCAGAAAAAGAGAUUCCACAUCUGGCGAAAGAAGAUGAGCAAACUCGGGCACUGCUUCAUGUAGCCAUUGCUCCAUUGGGUCGUCUUGACAACGUUGCUCUUGUGAUGACUUCCCAUCCGCAGUUUCUGGAGAGUUUUCUUAAGACACAGUACCAUCUGCACCAUUUGGAUGGCCCACUGCCGUAUCAUUACAGGCACUAUAUAGGAAUUAUGGCUGCUGCCAUGCCUCGAUGCACUUACUUGGUGAACUUUAAUGCAGACUGUUUCCUUCAGCUUGGUGGGGAUCCCAAAUGGCUUAAUGGCUUAGAGUUUGCACCACAGAAAUUGCAGAAUUUAGGAGAGCUUAACAAAGUACUUGCUCACAGGCCAUGGCUAAUUACAAAAGAACAUAUAGAACAACUUCUGAAGGCAGAAGAGAAUAGUUGGUCCCUAGCAGAGCUCAUUCAAGCCAUCGUGUUGCUCACACACUACCAUUCCCUUGCCUCCUUCACAUUUGGAUGUGGUAUCAAUCCAGAGACUUACUCUGAAAAUGGUCACACAUUUCUGUCCCCAGCUGUCAGCAACUACUGUGUCUGUGACAUUGCAAAUGGAAAUGGUGGCCUAGAAGAGACUACUACAAAUCAUACUACCUCUGACCCAUUAUGUGAGGUUGAAGUGUUGAUGAAGAAAAUGAAACGGUUGCAGGAAUGUAAAGAGGAGGAAGAAGCAAGUCAGGAAGAGAUGGCCACUCGGUUUGAGAAGGAGAAAACUGAAAGCAUGCUGUUUACGGAAUAUGAAGAAAAUUUGCCAACAAGGAACAUCUCUCAGCACUUUGAGGAUGCCAGCUAUGGUUACAGAGGUUUUGCUAGAUGUAGGGAACAUGUGCCAACUUUCCGUGCCCAAGACUUUUGCUGGGAAGACCAUGGUUUUUCUUUAGUCAAUCGCCUUUAUCCAGAUGUGGGUCAGUUAUUGGAUGAAACAUUCCAGAUAGCCUAUAGUUUGACAUACAAUACUAUGGCCAUGCACAACGAUGUGGAUACUUCUAUGCUGAGGCGUGCUAUCUGGAAUUAUGUGCAUUGCAUGUUUGGAAUAAGGUAUGAUGACUACGACUACGGUGAAAUAAACCAACUGUUGGAUCAUAACUUUAAAGUUUACAUAAAAACUGUGGUCUGUAGUCCUGAAAAUACUACAAAAAGAAUGUAUGAUGGCUUCUGGAGACAAUUCAAACACUCCGAGAAGGUCCACGUCAAUCUGCUUCUUAUGGAAGCUCGGAUGCAAGCUGAACUGCUUUAUGCUUUGAGAGCAAUUACUCGUUAUAUGACAUGAGCAGUUUUCACUGAAGUUCGGUAUCCGAAUGGUCAGUCAGCUUUUAUGAAGAAAGCUACCAGUGUGAAUUAACCCAUGCUGGCAGGACUGCUAAGAAUUCCAGUGUCACAAUGUUUUCACUGUGGCUUGCACUUCCUUUUGUUGGAUUACCACAGUUGAGGCUGCAGCAGCAGGCACAGCUAAUGACAGAAAGCUGAGAAGUAUCGAGGGGUGACAUUUGCUCUCCGUUAAUCAACAAUCAAAACCCUUCUCUAAAAUUACCGUUUGAACCAAAUGAUUCAUCAGAGUAUUUUUAACUUGUCUGUCUGAGCCUUAAAGGUGUUGCUUUUCUGGACUUGUAGUUUUGGACUGGAGGUGAUAGUGCUGCUGCUUGUGCUGGUGAAAAGUGUUGGAUCACUGGCUUCUCCAAUUAAGCUAGGAUUGUUAGUGAAAAAAAGCUACCACCUGAGCCAAUGUUUGUGGGAUCGAAGAGCUGCAUUUUUUUUAUAUUGUGAAUAUUUUUGUAAUGUCUCUAUGUACUGCAGAAACUGUUACAGACUAAUUUGUUUCUACUGUAAUCUGUUUGACAGCCUGUUCAAAUUUGGGAUUUGGAAAGCACUUGUGCAGUCUUAAUUGUUGGCCUUAAUAAGAAAUUGGAUUUGUAUGCAGUUGCUGUUACUGUAUGCAAGCUUCAAUUCAAAUGUAUUUCACUCCAAGAAAGUAUUAAGCAAACUUGAAAUGUGAUGUCUCACUCCAGGUGUUUGUACAGACAGGGGUAACUAGCGGUUCUCUUGCUGCUGUCAGAACCCUCACUGCUUUGCUGUGUGGUGCUCUAGCAGAAUUAUACCAAAGAAUGUUAAUGCCUCAAAGGGGUACCCUGUGCUGUUAAUUCAUUCAGCAGUGGUGGGGCAGAAUUCAUUCAGCAGUGGUAGGGCAGAACACCAAAGUGGGGAAUUGCCUUACACUGGAAAACCUAAGUCUUCCAGAAAUACUUUUGUUUUGCACGUAUAAUGGUGAAAUGUACUGAAUGUCAGUGGCUUAUUUUUAGGAAAUAUCCAGAACCAUUGUUUUGGAAUUCAGGCUAAAAGUGCUAGUCUUAUGUUUAGAUAAACUUGUCAAACAAGUGCAUUAUGGGAUUUAUGUAAUAGUUUUGACCUAUUCUGAUUUGAAGUAUUACAUUUUUUUAAAUAAAGUGACAUUUCAGUGUUUUUUUUU